GGGGAUCCGGACUCGCCUUAGAGGGUAAGACUUGAAACGUCCAACAUUUGUUUGUGGGGAGUUGGUCUUGUCUUAUUUUGAAACAGUCUCUUUCUCUCUCCCAACUUUUGCGUUUCUUGUUUUGAAAAUCUUUGGUGGGUCUUGAAGUUUUUUUUUUGCUUUGAGUUCUAUUGUUUGUUGAUUUGGGGUGGUUUGGGUUGGGAUGGAGGAAAGAUAUGAGCCAUUGAAGGAGCUUGGUUCUGGGAAUUUUGGGGUGGCAAGGUUGGUCAGAGACAAGAAGACGAAGGAGCUUCUUGCUGUCAAAUACAUAGAAAGAGGAAAAAAGAUUGAUGAGAAUGUUCAGAGGGAAAUCAUAAAUCACAGAUCAUUGAGGCAUCCUAACAUUGUCAGGUUCAAGGAGGUUUUGUUGACUCCAACACAUUUAGCUAUAGUAAUGGAAUAUGCAGCUGGAGGUGAGCUCUUUGCAAGGAUAUGCAGUGCUGGUCGAUUCAGUGAAGAUGAGGCAAGAUUUUUCUUUCAGCAGCUAAUAUCUGGAGUCAGCUACUGUCAUGCCAUGGAAAUUUGUCACAGGGACCUGAAACUGGAAAACACUCUCUUGGAUGGAAGUCCAACACCACGUCUUAAAAUAUGCGACUUUGGUUAUUCCAAGUCUGCCUUGUUGCACUCACAACCCAAAUCAACAGUAGGAACACCAGCAUACAUUGCUCCAGAGGUCCUUUCACGAAAAGAGUAUGAUGGGAAGAUUGCAGAUGUUUGGUCCUGUGGUGUGACAUUAUACGUUAUGUUGGUGGGUGCAUACCCUUUUGAGGAUCCUGAAGAUCCUAGAAAUUUCCGUAAGACUAUUGGGAGAAUUAUGAGUGUACAGUACUCCAUACCCGAUUAUGUGCGCGUCUCUGCAGAUUGCCGGCACCUCCUUUCUCGUAUUUUUGUUGCCAAUCCUUCAAAGAGAAUCCCCAUUCCAGAGAUAAAAAAGCAUCCUUGGUUUCUGAAAAAUAUGCCGAAAGACCUGAUUGAAGGUGAAAAAACAAACUACGAGGAAACUGAUCGUGACCAACUACUUCAGAGUGUGGAAGAAAUAAUGCGGAACAUACAAGAGGCAAAGACUCCAGGGGAAGGAUCCAAAGCAGCAGGAGGGCAAACUGCUGCCGAGGAACUGGACCCUGAUGAUUCGGAAGCUGAUUGGGAGUCUGAGGUUCUCAACAGCGGCGACUUUGGGGACACUGUCUGAGUAUAUGGCUCCAGAAGAGCAUACUGAGAGACCUCAUACGUAACAUUUGGUGUGCUAUUUAGACAUUCUAUUGAAUUCGGUAUUUGUAUAGUAGACUAUAUGUAUGACAUAAAGAUAUGUACAACCAAGUUAUAUACUGAAAUUGAAGUGUGCUAUUUACCUAUACAAUUCUCAUUUUUGUGGAUUGUUUUC